AUGCCUUCUAAAGUAUUGUCUGUGUUGGCUUCGGCCGUGUAUUUGACUUCCGCCGCUCAGGGAGCUACACUUCAUAAGGGAUGUAAAGCUACCUCGAAUUGGCCCGGAUGGCCUGGCAUCAAGAAUGCUUUCAUCUUUGGCGAUUCUUACACCACAACUGGAUUCAACGAGACCGGCGUCCAGCCGACCCCGACAAACCCGCUAGGAAACCCAACAUAUCCAGGAUAUACAUCGGCGAACGGCCCGAACUGGGUCGACUAUCUGACUGUGAAGUACAAUGCCUCGACUCUUUUGACGUAUAAUCUGGCAUAUGGUGGAGCAACAAUCAAUUCCAAACUCGUGGCACCUUACAAACCAGAAGUAUCCUCAGUCGCAGAACAAGUCCAAAAUCAAUGGUUCCCAACCUAUGCCGGGAAGCCAGCAUCCACACCCUGGACCUCGAAAAACACUCUCUUUGCCAUCUUCGACGGUAUCAAUGAUGUUGGAAACUCUUGGUGGCUAGCAGAUACCGCAACACUCAACGCCAAGAUCUUCGCAGUCUACCGAGGACUCGUUGACCAGCUGUACUAUGCUGGAGGACGAAACUUUGCAUUCUUGAACGUCCCACCGGUCGACAGAUCGCCUUUGGCACUUGCCAAUACAGCCGACCAACAAGCGUUAGAAAAGGCUGAUAUCCUCGCCUGGAAUGCGCUGGUUGUCAAGAUGGCGAAUAGCAUUAAGGACGAGAAGCCAGAUGUCAAUAUCUUCCUUGUGGAUUCAUACAAGUACUUCACUGAAGUGCUCGACAAGCCAAAGAAAUACAAGCAGACGGCUCUGUACAAGAACACUACUGCGUAUUGUACCGACUAUCAGAAUGGCACUCCUGCGCCUGAUACUUUCAGUCCGGCGUGCGGUGUUCCUGUCAAUCAGUACUUCUGGUUGAACAGCUUGCAUCCUACAUACCCUAUGCAAGAUGUUCUUGCUGAGCAGGUUGCUCUACAGUUGAAGGCCGGACCUAAUGUUUGCUAG